UAGAUUUUAAUGAUUCUGCAACGUGUAAUGAUAUUUUAAAUGAAUGGGGAAAUCUUAUUAGACCGUACUUUGAUACAUCUUACUUGACAUCAGUCAGUGGAAAUACUGUUAAGAAAGAUAGUCUUCAAGAAUGGGUAUCUAAUUUAAAAAAUGACGAGCCAUUACAGGUUGUCGAUUUGAAAUUGCUUCCAUUAUAUCAAAUAUUGGAUAAGUCUCUUCAAGAAGAAAUUGAAUUUAUACUUGGAAUUGAUAACCAAAUAGAAGUUAAAGACAGAGUUCUUAUUACUGGGACAGUUUCUAUCAAAGCUUCUACUCACUAUUAUCGCGUAAAAUUUCCUGAGAAUUUUAAAUCCAGUAAUUAUAAAAUUUUUGGAAAACUUGUAUCGCAAAAUAAUCCAAUUAAUUCAGGAGUAAUUAAAAUUCAAUCUAUGAGUAUAUCCGGGUUUUCCAUAGUAAUCGAAAAUUUUGACAUAACAGAAGACUCUCAAAUAGUCUGGAUGUUGAUUGGGUUGCCUUCAGAAAUUAGAUAUUAUAGUAAAACAACACGAAAAAUUCGUGUAUUUUUCUCAAAUGAACAUCCAUUUAAAUACAAAGAAGACUUGAAAAUCCCAUUAAAAGUUCCUAAAAAUCUUUCAACAGGUUCAAUAAUAUGCACAAAUAUUAUAUACCCUCCGUCAGAUUGUGAGGCAAAAUUAACUUCUAACAUUCAAAAUUAUCAUGACGAAGUUGAAAUUAACAUAUCAAUCGAUGGUAAAAAAAGAAGUCAUUACGAUAACAACAACGAUAAAAAUGAAGAAUAUUCACGCAAAUAUAAUGAGGAAUAUUUACUCCAAUG